CACCCGUGCAGGUAAGGAGGAUGAGUUUCCUAAGAAACCAUUAGGUCAACUCCCCCCUGAGCCUCCAGGAUUGGCGGCAGCAGCAACCAAUCAUGUGGCUAACGGGCAGCCGGUCGGACAGACGGGUGAGGGUCUACCCCCUCGUGGUCCGAGCCCUGCCGCAAGCAUCAGUAAACGAGCAGAGUCUGGUCCCAUCACUGAUGGAACACCAGAGAGGUACCAAGAGAGUCGGCCACCCAGCUCACUGGACAAGGUGCCUCAUCCAGAGAGGGAUAGACGGGGUGUAGACACUCAAAAGGAGAGGGUCCCAACCCACAUGCCCAACAACAGUGCAACAGCUGGUGGGAAGGCGCUGACCCAGAACCAGACAAAUCACAACUCCAAUGCUAGAUCCAGCAUGCGCAGAGACAAGCCUCGCUGGGUCAAGCCUUCCGAAGGCAAACUGGAAGCAGUCAAGGCUGCAGCACUUCGGGAAAGCCAGUCGAGUCUAAAUAUGGGUGUUCCACCCUCGCCCAGCUCCCCAACUCCAGAGGAGGCCGCUGGGACACAGCGCCGCCCCCGUUCUCGCGCAUUUGCUCCAGGCUCCAACCGCGCUUCCAAUGCCUCGCAAUAUGACAAUGUCCCGGGACCAGACGGAGAGGUUAUGGAGAUUAUAGAGCUGGAGAAACCACCUUCUCGCCCCUCAUCCCGACCAUACGUCGGACCUUCUUUGAGACAAGGCAGUCCCACCCGUCCUCCUAGUGGUGGAACCAGUGUUUCUCCAUUUAGAGUGCCCAAACAGAACAUGAUGCAAUCCAAACCAGAACCUCGUGCACCUCUGCACUAUCCACCUGGCAUUACGCCUGUCUACACUCCCUACGUUUUGGAUUCUCGGCCAGAGGAUAGACUAUACAGCCAGCCGUACGCUGAGCAAAUUUACGCAACUACGGGACGUGGCUCAUCUAACCCUUCGCCAGAGAAAACUCUGAUGAACAACAGCUACUUAACCCACCGACGGCCACCGCCAAACAUGCCCCCUCUCAGGGUUGCUCCGGCUGAGCUUUCAUCCCAGAUAGACAGUGUUAACGAGAGCGGGUAUUACAUGAGACAGCCCACCCGAUUGGUGGGGUCUCCUGCUUACCCGCCCACAGAACUACGUUAUGAGGGACACAGACGGAGAGAGGGCUGGUAUGGGGACAUGGAGACAGGGCCUCCGCGAUCUCCUGUGGGACUACCACGAUCUCCCAGCUUCCAGAAAGCUCAGCUGUCUCCCGUUCACCCCGUUCAGGAGUUUAACUUUGCCCCUGCAAAUAUCUCGGACGCUGUGCACCAUUUCAGAGGACCCUACCAAGAGCACUCCGGCAGGCAACAGCUCCCCCACCCGCUGUUCGGAGGAGCACACUACAGGCAGGCGCAGGAGGCCUUUGCAAUGCAGGAGUCCAUGCUGCUCUGAGAGGGACAGACAGAGACCGAAAUAGAGGGAUACACUGUACGAGUGAUGGCUAGCAAGCAGUUUUGUGUUGGUUUAAUGUUUUUGCAUUCUGUUUUGUUUAUUUGGUUGUUCGUUUGUUUGUCUGGCAAGUCUUACCAAACAAGGAUUGCCAGUUUCAGGCAUUUGUACUGAUCAAAGACUGACUGAAGAAUUUUACUUUUGUUUUUUGUCCGUAAAAUAAUCAUUAACUGCCGAUGUGAGUUAUAUAACAGAGCUUAAAUGUGCAAAGAGAGGUUUUUGUUGUUUGUGUAAUCAGUACACUGAGAUAUUUAAAUGGAUGUUUAUGGACAAACUCUGUUACUGAUCUAUUAUCAUCUAUUUUUUUAAUGCAUUUCAAACAUAAACACAUACUUUAGAGGAUACUUUAUUCCUUGAUUGUGAAUAUAUUUUUUAAGAAGAAAGAUUUGUGUAGGUUAGAUACAGUAUGUAUAAUUAUGAACAACUAAAACAGCGAAAAUAGUUGCUGUUGGACAGAAUAUUUCAAUGCAUCACUACAGUGUUCAUAUGAAAGUAAAAACCUUGUUUGUAAGGCUUGUUUUUGAGGUUAUAUAUAAAAAUGCAGAUAUUUAAUUUUAAUUUGAAAGGGAAGUUUAGGGGGUAUGUGCGUUCUCAAAAUCUGUUAGGCACUGACCAGCAAAGUAGAUCUUAUAUUUUCAGUUCAAGGUUAAAACAUAAAAUAACUGAUCAAACCGAUUGAUACUAGAGUUUGUUAAAAUUAUGAAAGCUUCCCUGGAUAUUUCCAGCAGAUACAUUACAACAUUGUGUUAUUGUCACUAGCAGAUAACUCUGUAACAUAGGGUGAAAUAAAGUAAACUGGGCCCCUUUUGAUAGUCAAAGUGGCCCAAUUUACCCAAAUUCAUCUAAUAAAUGUAUGUGAUGCCCAAUGCAAGUUAUGCAAUUUGUUACUGAAAACUCUGUUUGAAUUCAAUAAUAUGGCUGCUAGUUUGUUAUAGCAUGCAGCUGCAGUGUUAAGUUGGUUGUACCUGUGCUGUUACUCAGUGGAAUUCUUCUAAUAAUGGACCUUUUUUAUAGCAGCAAGAUUAUCAAAUUCAAAUUUCACAAAAAGCACAGGUUUUACACAUUAUAAAACAAUCAACUCAUUGAAUCUCUACAGAUCUAUUGAUCAUUUUUUCAGACCGUACUAUUUCCUAAUCUUAUUUAGGAAACAAGAUUAAGCUCCUAACCCAUUGACCUGUUUUUGAGUGAACUUUUGGCAUGGCAUGGCAACACUACAAACUUAUUUGACAGAUUCAUUUUAAAGGGUUAGUUAACCCAAAAAUGAAAAUUCUGUCAUUAGUUACUCACGUUCAUGUCGUUCCAAACCCGUAAGACCUUUGUUCAUCUUCGAAACACAAAUUAAGAUAUUUUUGAUGAAAUGCGUAAGCCUUCUGGUCUCCGAUAGACUGCAACACAAUUACCACUUUCAAUGCCCAGAAAGGUAGUAAAGACAUUGUUAAAAUAGUCCAUGUGACUACAGUGAUUCAACCUUAAUUUUAUGAAGCGACGAGAAUACUUUUUGUGCGUAAAAACAAAACAAAAAUAACGACUUCAUUCAACAAUUUCUUCUCCUUCCUGUCAGUCUCCUGCGCUUUUUAUGUUGUAGACACAGGGCAGUGCUUCCAGGUUCUACGUCAGAAAGCUGACACAUUAUUGGCCCCUGUCUCUGACGUAGAACCCGGAAGUGCUGCACUGUGUUUACUACAUGAUCAGCGUAGAAGACCGACAUGGAAGAGAAGAAAUUGUUGAAUAAAGUUAUUUUUGUUUGGUUUUUGUGCACAAAAAAAGUGUGUCUCUUCAUAACAUUAAGUUUGAACCACUGUAGUCACGUGGACUAUUUUACGGAUGUCUUUACUACCGUUCUGGGCGUUGAAAGUGGUUAUUGUGUUAAAGUCUUUUGGAGGCCAGAAGGCUCACAGAUUUUAUCAAAAAUAUCUUAAUUUGUGUUCUGAAGAUGACUGAAGGUCUUACGGGUGUGGAACGACAUGAGGGUGAGUAACUAAUGACAGAAUUUUCAUUUUUGGGUGAACCAACCCUUUAAUUUUACAUACCAAUAUAUUUGCUACUGAAUAUGUAGCAGAUUGAUUAUUUCAUAAUAUACCAUAAUGACCGGACCAAACAGCUUUCACAACACUCCACGCAACACACACUCCUAAUGUAUCCCUUUCUGAUGCCAUCUGCUAUCAAAAAAAAAAAAAAAAAAAAAAUGUCUUAUUCAUGGACAAGCAAACUAAUUUAUUCUCUGCUCUAGCCCCAAUUGUCUUUUUUUUUUUUUUCUUCCAGGUCUGUCAUUUCAGUAUAUAAACUGGUUUAGUACACAUUUUGACCGAGCAUUCCAGUUCAGAUUGUUGGACUGAACAUUAUUUCUUUGUUAAACUACUAAAUGCAACUUGAUUAUCAGAUUUCCCCUUCUCUAAUAAAACAACAUGGGGUGAUUUAAAAAAAAUAA